UUAAGGGAAAGUUUGUGUUGAAAAUGGCUGUAUUUUGUGUUUCGUGUAGUGUACACUUGGAAAACAUCACUAAAGUGUGAAAUUCUUCAUUAAGUUGCAUUGCCUGGGUAUUAUUGGAAGGUUGAUUUGACGAAACUCGAAGUAAACAUACUGCCUUCAAAUCAGUCGGCUGUAAGACCAGGUUGCCAAGUGUGGUCCAUUUUCUUGGGUCAACCCCGCUGAUUUGGUUGCAAAGGUGAUUUAACUUUAGCGGGCAGGAUUAAUGAUCAUUGCCUAUCUACACCCAAUAAAUUGCGCAACCAAUUGAAAAUACUUGAAAAACCGAACGAACUUGAAUAAAAUUUAUCGGCAUUCCCUGAUAGCCGCGAAAGCGUAUCAGUUUCUGACAAGCGGUACCACUUAAAUACGCGCAACUGCAUUUAAAGAACCGUUUGUGCUACCAUAUCGAUAUUUCUGAAAAGUAAAAGUGAUUCGGUUUAAAUAUUGUCGCGCUCGUGUAUCCAACAAGUACGCACCAGCACAGUACCAUCGUAGAGGACAUGGACAUGUAGGAGACAGACGAAUUUUCCACAGAAUCAAAAUUGAAACAGCUCUGAUUUUUUUUUAAUAUCCCGACUUACUGGUAUCGUUUUUUCAAAACCGCGCAAUGGCCUGCAGUUUGGGCUUUAUCAAUGUGGUUCUUCUGGGGCUGGCCUUCAUGCUGGUCUUCACUGCCUUCCAAACAUGGGGCAACAUUCAGAACACCAUCAUCAACAGCAUCAAAAAAGAUGUUCCAGACUUUGCGAAUGCUGAAGCCUACUACAGCUUGGCCAUCAUCUACACCUUUCUGGCCAUCUUCAACUGGGCAGCCCCCUCAAUUAUCAGCGUUAUCGGGUCGAAGUUCUCCAUGCUGGCAGGAGGAAUCACCUACUUGAUUUUCAUCAUCUCGUUUGCCCUCCCCAACGUCUGGCUCCUGUACCUGGUCAGUGCCAUCAUCGGAAUAGGGGCGGCACUGAUCUGGACCGGCCAGGGCAACUAUUUGGCCCUCAAUUCAACUGACACGACAAUAUCCAGGAAUUCGGGAGUGUUCUGGGCCAUGCUCCAAAUGAGCAUGUUUUGCGGCAACACGUUCGUCUACUUCGUUUUCCGGGGAAAGGACAACAUCGACAGGGGAACCAGGCAGCUGGUGAUUUGGACGCUUUCCGCCAUAGCUUUGGCUGGACUGGUGGUCAUGGUGUUCUUCCCAAAGCCGCCCCCUAAAGCCCCUGCGCCAGAAAAGGGGCGUUCUGACACUACAGAUAGUGAAAUUCAGACGCCCGCAGGGCCAGUGGAAGCGCUCAAAGGCGCAGUCCGGCUCUUUUUCACCAAGAACAUGAUGCUGUUGUGUAUAACUUUCCUCUAUACUGGGCUCGAGCUCGGGUUCUGGAGUGGCGUGUACGGCUCCUGUCUGAGCUUCACCGAGAGUUUGCCCAAUAGAAAAGAGCUGGUGGGACUAUCGGGCAUUUUCAUUGGAUUGGGAGAGGUGCUGGGGGGAGCGGCGUUUGGAAUCUUGGGCACUAAAACCAACAAAUGGGGCCGCGACCCCAUAGUAAUCGCGGGCUUUCUGAUGCAUUUAGUGAGUUUUUGCGUCAUAUUCCUCAAUCUGCCCAACAGUUCGCCGUUCGAAGACACAUCGGACAGCGCGUUCAUCACCAGCAAUGCGGUUUUGGCCCUCAUGUGCUCGUUUCUGCUGGGAUUCGGCGACGCCUGCUACAACACGCAAAUCUACUCCGUAUUGGGCGGCGUCUACGCUGACAACAGCGCCUCUGCUUUUGCAAUCUUCAAAUUCACUCAAUCAGUGGCAGCGGCCAUCAGCUUCGUCUAUGCCAGCAAUCUGGGGCUGUACGGGCAAAUUGCCAUUCUAGUUGUGUUCUCCAUUCUGGGCACCACUGCGUUUGUGUGGGUAGAAUGGCGCGAGCGAAGACAGGCCAGAGCGAGCGAUACGCCCAGCGUUUCCAGCGUCGAGUGAAGCUGAAGUGCCUGGAUUGAUUAACGUUUCCUUAAUAGCUUUAGUGGUUCACCCCGCCCUACAAAGGACGAUAUAAACUGCUCAAAACCAUCUUUGUCCUAUUGGGGUGUGGACAAUGAACCAAUCGGCCUGGGCCAACAGGUAUUUUGAAAGUUAUCGGAUUACAGAAAAUUGUUUGAUUGCUCACCAUUGAAACCUGCAGAUAAAUUUAUUAAUUUUCAAAACAUCCCUCAUAGCUCUCCAUAUAUAAAUGUACAAUAAAAUAUGCUUUCUAUCUAAUAUCUAUAUAUAUAUGUAUAUAAACGUAGCUUUGA